CCUGCCCGCGGGAAAGCUCCGAGAACAUGAGGAGGCAGUGGGUUUGGCGGCUCUUGCGCUCUGAAGGCAGCCGGAGCCGCUGGGUUUCAACUCCCCGCGGGCGUGUCUUGCCGGCCCUGCGGAGAGAUUUCUUGACCACUACAACCACAGAAGGAUAUGAUAGGAGACCAGUAGACAUAACUCCUUUAGAACAGAGGAAAUUAACUUUUGAUACUCAUGCACUGGUUCAGGACUUGGAAACUCAUGGAUUUGACAAAGCACAAGCAGAAACAAUUGUAUCAGCAUUAAGCACUUUAUCAAAUGUGAGCCUGGAUACUAUCUACAAGGAAAUGGUCACUCAAGCUCAACAGGAAAUAACAGUACAACAGCUGAUGGCUCAUUUAGAUUCCAUCAGGAAAGACAUGGUCAUCCUAGAGAAGAGUGAAUUUGCAAACCUGAGAGCAGAGAAUGAGAAAAUGAAAAUUGAAUUAGACCAAGUUAAGCAGCAACUGAUGCAUGAAACCAGCAGAAUCAGAGCAGAUAAUAAACUGGACAUCAACCUCGAAAGGAGCCGAGUAACAGAUAUGUUUACAGACCAAGAAAAGCAACUAAUGGAAGCAACCACAGAAUUUACCAAAAAGGAUACCCACAUCAAAAGUACUAUUUCAGAGACCAGUAAUAAAAUUGAUACUGAAAUUGCUUCCUUAAAAACACUGAUGGAGUCUAAUAAACUUGAGACCAUUCGUUAUCUCGCAGCCUCGGUGUUUACUUGCCUGGCAAUAGCAUUGGGAGUUUAUAGAUUCUGGAAGGACUCCUAAUGUUCCUACUGCUGCUGCUAUUGACUUCUUAGAGCACUACAUCAGGACAGAUUGUCUUUUAACAAUGUCAGUUGAGCAAACACUUUCUACAGUAUUAUUCAAAGUAUGAAUGGUCUGCUGAGAAGUAUUUUAGAUGUUUUGUCUUUAUUUUACGUGCUGUUAUGUCGAAAAGCUAUCAUCCAAAACCUGAUUUAUAUAAGACAGAAAGGUAUUUUGUCUACAUAGUUGCCUGAUAGUUACAGAAAUUAAACCAGAGUGUUGUGUUUGAACAGCUUUGUAAAUCAGAAAGGGUUUUGUUGUAUUGAUAAUCUGGUGCAAAUUGAAAAUAUUACCUCUAGUUGCAUUUUCCUAACAACUAUUGCACAUUUAUGUUUUUAAAAAAAUAAAAACCUGUAACAAAGUU